GUGCGUGCGCUCGGUGGCUAAGCAGUAAAAACAAAUUUAAUACCAAUCAGUGAAAUCAGCUGAGUUAAGCAAAUACCAGUGCCACUAGUCAUUAUCAAGCUGAAGGUAUAAUAUUGUAAACGUUAUCAGCCGUGCUGAAAAUCUGAACCCUUCGAUGGAAUUAGUCAUACCUCUUUAUGAACUUGCACUCACAGCGCCCAAAAAAUGACAGCGAACAAGUUUCGAUUAGAGGGUUCAAAUGUUGCAUGCGACAAAUGUGACGAUAAAAGAGACUUGUCUGGUGGUAAUGGAGAAAUUGCAAGAGGAUCUAGUCCCUGUUGCUCCGCGGAGGGAUCGAAGCUUCUGCUCUUGGCUAAUGGUCAGGCGGAGUUGGCGAACACCCUCAUUGCUGACCCACCGUUGGGACGUUGGCGCUUACCAUGGUUUCUCAUCAUAAUCUCUUUCGUGCAGGUUUUCGUGUACUUCAUUGCCAAUGAGUGCAUGAAUCAGCGUCUGAUGCUCAUCCCUGGUCAACCCUACGAAUGCUGGCGCUACAUCACCUACACGUUGUUGCAUUCUGAUCUCAUGCACCUGCUGUCGAAUGUCUCUCUCCAGUGCUUUAUCGGCGUCUGUCUGGAGAGCGAGCAGCCGCGCUGGCAGGUGGCCUUGAUUUAUGCCGCCGGCGGUGUAGCCGGUUCAUUGGUCACGGCAUACACACAGCCCGAGCUGUCGUUGUUGGGUGCCUCGGCGUGUGUUUAUGCGCUACUCACGAGCAACGUGCCGCACUUGGUGUUGAAUUUCCGUCAAUUAUCAAUCCGUUAUCUGCGCAUUGUCGCUUUGGUGAUUCUAUUGACAUCGGAUUUUGGUCUCACCCUAUUCCACUAUGCGGUCAACCAUAACGUUAACCCCCGUAUAUGCGUGCAGGCUCACAUUGCUGGCGGCACGACCGGACUCUGCCUCGGCUUUUUGCUCUUUUAUCGAUGCAAAUGCUAUUCCCGAUGGCGCCCCGAGUGUUGUUCGUCGAAUGCGUGAUAAAGAAGAUAAAUGGGAG